AUGUUUCAUACCGUUUUAAAACUUGUAGCUGAUUCAUUGCUAAAUUGUACAGAUGGUCCAACCGGAAUAGUAAGUGCUCGAGUUUACUUAUCCAGAAUUGAAGUGACAUUUAUUGUGACCUUACUGGGGUCAACUCUUAUUUCGUUGGCUACUGCAUGCCUUGGUGUUUUGCAUGUUAUUUAUAUAUCAUUUUAUGUUACACAACGAUAUCGACGAGCAUUUAUCGUCUAUCUAGCUGGUACUGCACCGUUCGUUUCAACUCUUUCUCUGGUGGCAAUGUAUAUGCCACGGGUAUGGUUCCUUUCCCAUCUUCUUGGCUUCUUAUAUUUUUCAAUAGCAUUAUGGGUGAUUAUUUGCCUUCUGAUGAAUAUUUUCGAAGGGCGGCAAAAAAUGGUGAGAAAAAUGAAAAGUGGUUGUUCACGGAUUAGUGUACAAACACCGCCGCUCUGCUGUGUCUUUCCAUGUCUCCCGAAACUUGAACUUGAUCAAGGUCGGAUACGAUUCUGCGAAAUGAUGGUCUUUCAAGCUCCGUGUAUCAGGCUUAUAUUUACAAUUUUAAGCUUAAUACUUUAUUUUGAAUAUCAAGAUGGUGCUAUCAUCGCGUUAAAAAUACUCGAUUUCAUAUCACUUCCAUCCUUAUUAAUCGGUGUAUAUGGUACACAUAUACUUGUAACAACAGUUUCAAAUUUGGAUGAAUUGAUUCUAUAUCGUUAUAUUGUUGUUUUCCGUCUGCUCGACUUCUAUUUCAUGUUUUAUGGCAUACAGCAACCUGUUUUUGAUUUUUUGGCUCGAUCUGGUGUAUUUGGCUGUGGCACUGUGUUACCUUCGCUUGAAACAGCCUUUUUCUGGAAGAAUUUCAUAGUUGUUAUUGAAUCAUUUUUCGUUUCGCUUAUUUCUACUAUAUUAUUGAAACCAUCGCGAAGUGCAUUCUUUGACAAAUAUCCUUCCAGUCGAAGUGUCGCAUCAUCAGUGGUCACUUGUGAAUACAGCACAUAG